UGAACGGUGACUGAUGAAAGUUCACGAGUCCACAAGAGCACAGCAAGUACAGAGCAGAAGGCAUAUCGAGAAACAGCUGUUGAUUCAUUUACGUUCAGAAACCACAACGUGAAACACUUUCAACGAGGAGGACACGAGUUUUAUUCGCCAUCCAGUGGUUUGUUAUCCCCUGAUAACAACUGGUAAAAACUGAUAACAAAGGCUUAUCCAGAAUAAUGAACAGCUUCUAGAAUAAAAGAGUGUCUCCAAACCUGAUGAGUGAGUCACUAGUCUUGUGCUCAGAACUAUGGAUCACCCUCUGACCAUUGUGUUCUUUGGAAACUCUGCUGCAGUCCAGUUUCAACAUGACAAUUUUCUUCUUGGAGAAAUACAACCAAAUAUUGAAAAUGUGGUCAUACCCAGGACUGUUCCUUUACAGUUAAAGAAAUCAGGGCGUGACGUCUCAGUGAUCAGCCUGAUUGGCUUACAUGAGACUGCACUUGAUCUGGAUUCCCUGACUGGUCAACUAGUGAAUGAAAAUGAAAUCAUCGCCUUCAUCUUUGUUGUGCGACUCGGUCAGUUAACAGAUGCUGAUAAGAUGGGUCUUGAGUGGCUUCAGAGAGUGUUUGGUGAUGAAGUUCUUCAAUUUGUGAUGAUUCUCUUCACCUAUGAGUGUGAGGAAGAGUCUGACUCUAUAAUAGAUGAUCUGAAGAAAAACUCAGCUCUCGAGCGACUGAUUGAGAAAUGUGCUGGAAGAUAUCUCACCUGCAGCAAAAACAUGAACAACCAGUCAGAGAUGAGAGACCUGAUGAACAGGAUUGAGAAUCUGUUUACUGAUAAUAACUUGCAGUCCUACACUAGUGAGAUGUACACAGCAAAAGACCUGCAAAACGGGACAUGUCGAAGUGACCAUCCCACAGUUAUCGGAAAGACUAUGGACUGUACCUUGAUGACAGAAACAAGACAGACAAGAAGGCGACUCAUAGAGAAGUGUUCAUUAGAUGGGGCACAGUUAGAUCAAAACAUAAAUGGAAGGAGGAAAGAAAUAGACCAUCUAUUUCACAGACUUCAUCUUGAUAACUGGCACCACUCUAAACUAAGAGCUGCAGAUGUUCUUCAACUAACUACAUAUUCAUUACAGUCCCAUGAGUCUUGUGCUGAUGAGGACCUCAUACAGACUUUCCUACAAAAAAUACUCAUGAUGAACUACAGAGCAAGGCACGUUAAAACUAUAGACACACAUGAUGAGCAACAAAGAAACAGUGACUUGUUUGAAGGUGAGGAGGAUGCUGAUAUUUUCAGCGAAAUAUAUUUGAUUCCUGAAGAAACAAAUGGGAGUGAUGCUAUUCACCCGAUGGAUGUUCAGAUGGCUGUGUUUCAUUGUGCUGAUAGUUUCCUCAAGCAGCUGAUGGUGACUAAACUGUCUCAGUGUCAGUACGCUCUGCCUCUGCUUGUUCCUGAUCCAUUCACACAAGAGAUUGAGUUUCCUCUCUGGACAUUCAGACAAAUAAACAAGAGUUGGAAGAUGAAAGAGACCAACAGUGAAAUCAUCAGUACAAUCCAGCCAGUCUGGAAAGCAGAAACACCUAUGGUGUCUUUCUUCAGGUUUGGCUCAGUGUCCUCAUCCAAAUCUCAGCUGUUGAACAGUUUGAUCAAUGAGAGACACAACACAUUCUUCCACAGGCAUUGCCCAGGCAGCAGCAAAACUAGAGUUCUGAUGGAUGGAGUGGUGGAAAUCGCCUGGUACUGCCCCUCUGGAAAAAAAACGGAUAAAUUCACUCAAUGUGUUGCGUUCUGUAAUCUACAUGGUGAUGCAGGAGACUGUGAAAAACAGCUGCAGAUCCUCACUGAAAUGACCUCAGUCAAUGUUGUUAUUCUACCACGACUUGACAGAAAUGACAAGAGUGCAGCACAGAUCCAAAACCUGUUCAAGGACAGAAAGCCACUUAUUUGUCUUCUUACUGAAGAUGAAGCUAAAUUAUCUGAAAUAAGGAAAGGAAAAUACAAAACUGGACUAAAAGACAGAAAUCAGUCCGAUGUAUCUGAAGAAGUCAUAAAAGCUAUAAAUAAAUGUCUCUCAUCCUCAUCUUCAGAGUCAUCGUCUGUUUUUAGACUUGAAGAUGUGACCAAAUACUCAGGUAUCACAGUAGAUGAGGAUCAUGACAAAGAAUGCAGCAGAGGGAAAAAAGCAGCCCAGCAGAUGAUGGUUUUACUGGAGAAAAAAGAUCUGACGGAAAUCAAAGAAUUAUUUCUGCCCUGUCAGGGGAAACUGUGGCAUCAGUGGUGUAAAAAGAACAAAGAAUUACAUCGAUCUCAGGGAAAUGAAACAGACAUGGAAAUAAAACAAAAACAAAACAUGAAGAAAAUCCGUGAAGAGCAGCAUGUGUUGGACAUUGGUGACUUCAUGAAGUUGUUUAUAACAGAAAUUAAUUCACAAUCUCCAAAUGAGAAGAUAUUUUUUCUUAAAUGGCUCACAAUCCUCCUGGAUGAAUACACUUCAGCUGACCUUUCUGCUCUACAUUACAAGUACAAUGAAAAAUGGUCAAAAGUCAGAGCUGAACAACAGAUGACCAAUGAACAUGCAGAACUUGAAAGAAUAUCAAAAGAACUUCAAGCUGCAACCUUUGGCUUGGAGCACAUCCUGAGGGAAAUUGGUCAGAUUUAUGAAUCAUGUAAAUCAGUGAACAAGAACAAGGAAGGCCUGCCGUGUGAUUUUUCUUCUCUUCCAAGUCUUGCAGCAGAGAUGAUGAUCUCUGGAUUUCCAGUGGAGCUGAUGGAUGGAGAUGCUGCUCAUGUUCCUGUUGUCUGGGUUACUGCUGUUCUACAUGAACUCAUCCAGAAACUGGGAGACAAAAAAGUAUUUGUGCUGUCAGUUUUAGGGAUCCAGAGCUCUGGGAAAUCCACUAUGCUGAACGCCAUGUUUGGACUCCAGUUUGCUGUCAGUGCUGGUAGAUGCACCAGAGGAGCUUUCAUGCAGCUGGUCAGAGUAUCAGAGGAGAUGAAAGAACAGCUUAACUUUGAGUAUAUUCUGGUUGUUGAUACUGAGGGGCUACGAGGUCUAGAACUGUCCGGAAGGUUAACAAGACAUCAGGAUAAUGAAAUGGCCACAUUUGUUGUUGGUCUUGGUAAUCUAACAUUAAUCAACAUCUUUGGAGAAAACCCAUCAGAGCUGCAGGAAAUUCUUCAAAUCAUUGUUCAGGCCUUCAUGAGGAUGAAGAAGGUCAAACUGAAUCCCAGCUGCAUGUUUGUGCAUCAGAACAUUUCAGACAUCGCAGCCGGAGAGAAAAAUAUGGAAGCAAGGAGACGACUGCAGGAGACACUUGAUGAAAUGACAAAACUUGCUGCUAAAGAUGAAGUCUUUGAUGCUGAAUGUUUCAAUGACAUCAUUACUUUUGAUGUACAGAAAGAUGUGAAAUAUUUUGCACAGCUGUGGGAAGGAAGUCCACCAAUGGCACCACCAAACCCACCAUACUGUGAAAACAUCCAAGAGCUAAAGACAACUUUUUUUAGUCAUGCCUCAAAUUCAGAUGGCUUAGAGCUAACAUGCCUAAAAGAUCGUAUUAAAGAUCUCUGGGAGGCUUUACUGAAUGAACGAUUUGUCUUCAGCUUCAGAAAUUCUCUGGAAAUUGCUACAUACCGAAAACUGGAGACAGAAUACAGCAAGUGGUCCUGGAGUCUCCGCAGAACCAUGCUGGAUAUAGAGAACAAACUUUACAAUAGCAUAGAAAAUGAAAGAAUUCAUGAGGUUUCAGAAAGUGAUCUUCAAGAAAAACUAGGAGUGAAAAGUGUAGAAGUAGAAGAAUCAAUGUCACAAUUUUUUGAGAAAGACAAAGAUAAAGAAAUACUGAUACAGUGGAAAGAAUCAUUUCGUAUAAAAAUCAGUGGUCUUCAGGAAAACAUUGUGAGAGAAACAACAAGGACAUUAAAUGAGAUUUUACAGCAGCGCGAUAUGAAGAAAAGGAUUGAUGCUCAGAGGACACGUUAUGAAAAUGAUCUCUUAGAAAAGAGCAAAGAACUUGCAGUAAAACUCAAAGACAAAGCAAAUGAUGAAGCAGUCCUGAAAACUGAGUUUGAUUCCUUUUGGAAAGAGUGUGUUAAUAAGAUUAUCAAAGAGACUCCCCAAAUCAAAAACAUUGAUGUAUUAAAUGACAUGAAAAGACUUCUUUGUAAUUAUGAAAGUGUCAGUCUAAAUGACUUGAAAAGCAAGAAUAUUUUCUCUGUGCCACGGUAUUCAGAUUAUGUACAGAUAAGAAAACCCAGAGGAAAUACAGGACAUGAUAAAAAUGCCUUCAGAUCAGCUAAACAGACAUUUGGUUCAAUUGAGGCUGAAACCCAUAUCAAGGUCUUGGUCAAUGACAUUGCUCAACAUGCAGGCAAAAUUAUCAUGUCAUAUAACAUUGCAAAGAUGGGGUACAACCAAACUUACAUGCAGGAACUCGCUGAUUAUAUAAAAAACAGAGUAGUAGAUUAUGAGCAAGGUUCCAGGAACUAUGUGUUCAAGAAGCAAUUUUACAUUGAUUUGGUCAUUUCUAUCUGCAAGAGAGAAAACAAGGUAAUUACUGAACAACACAGAAGAUUCAGAGAAGCCAAUGAUCCUGUUUUCUACUUUGAACAGAAGAGUGAAGAGUACUACAGUAUUUUUCAGAAAUAUUGUCAAGGUGCAACAUCAGCUGCCAUUUUUGGUGAGAUUAUCUGUCAGAAACUGAAACAACCCAUUCAGAAGAGUGUCUACAAAGAUACUGCCAGAGAUAUGACUAAUGAAAUUCGAACAAACUGUGAAUCACUUAAUGGAAACAGAUCUAGCCUAGAGAAACACAUCCUCAAGAGGUUGGCAGAACAGGAGGAUUUUUACAAGUACAUUACAUACUUUAACAGUCCCAGAGACCAUUUAAAGAAUUUCAUCAGAGAUGAAGUCAGUCAGUAUAUCACUGAUAAGUUUGAAGUAAGUGUUCGGCCCAAGAUGAAGAAGAACAUUGAACUCCUGCACCAGAAGAUCAUGGAAGCGGCUCAAAGAGCGACUACACUCGUAAACACAACCAGUGGAGAUGUUCAAAAGUGGCUGGAAAAUUUUACUCUGCAGCUCUCAGAUUUGCUGAUUUUCUCUGUAAAGGACCUCAGUGGAGUGAGUCAUGAAGGUGUGGAUGACUUCAAUCUCCUAGAAGAUGUGAUAAGCAAAUUACUUGGUUUAGUAUCAUCUGAAAUACAGCAUAAAUUCAGCACAGAUACAUUUCCUGUAAAUCUGGAAGAGAAGGACAGACCAGAUGAUAUUCUGAUUGAUCAUCUCGGUCAAUGCUGUUGGGUUCAGUGUCCGUUUUGUGCAGCCACCUGCACUAACACUGUAGAAAACCAUACCGGAGAUCACAGUGUUCCUUUCCAUCGAGUGGAUGGACUCACUGGUAGUACUUAUGAUGAAACAGAGUGUCUGGGUUCAGAUUUUUGCACAACUUUAGUGAGAACUAGUAAAAUGUUCUAUACAGGUCAGUGGUUUCCGUGCAGAGAAUACAGAAAAGCAGGAAAUGUUUAUGCAGAGUGGAAUAUCACUCCUGACUUCUCAGAGCUGCCGUACUGGAAGUGGUUUGUGUUCAGAUUUCAGGAAGAGCUGGAAAAACACUUUGAGAGAAAAUUCAACAUGUGGGAUGUGAUUUCAUAUGAAUGGGGCAAAUACUCAAAAGAGCAAGCUAUCGAGAGUUUGGAUGAAUACAUCUAAUGACAAAUGAAAAUGACUCACAUGGAGGUCUUUGAUUCAUAGACUAUAGUUUGAAAUGAGUUGGGUUUUUUUUAAAUCAUAAAUCUUCAAGAUUCUUUUUCUGUCUAUAAAUUAGUUAAAUUGAUGUUAUAUGUAAGUUGCAUAUAUAAAUGUUUGCUCUCUACUUCAAAGCUUUCCGAACCUAAUUUAUUAUCAUUCAACAAAACUGUGAUGUUUGCUGAAAUAUAUUCAUGACACUAAUCAUUAAUAUGCCGUUCAGUCAGCUAUUAAUGACUAUUAUUAUUAUAAUUAUUAUUAUUUUAA